GCAGCGAGAGCGCGCCUAAGGACCGCUAGCUCUCCCAUUAUAUUAGCAGCGAACCGCUGCGGGUCAUGGCAGACCGCUGCACGGAUCUGGGCCGCCGCUUUCAGUCGGGAACGUCAGGGAGGUGGAGAGGGAACCCCAAAACUAGGCACGGCAGGGUGGCCGCCUCCUGACAGCUGGCCCCGGCUUUUGAGAAUUCGUUGCUUCUUCGCCGUCGGCUCUGGAGGUGGGUGGACUAGACUGACUACUCGGGGCUACAUGCGCACGAAAUGCGAGCCGAAGUCUUCAAGACUGAAGGCAGUCGGAAAAAAAGUUAUCGGCUCCGACCCUAGCCAGGAUGGAUUAAAUGCACGCAAUUGAGAAAAGAAAUUAGGAAUCGAAAAGGGAAAGAAAGAAACAGAUCUUAACAAGCGAAGCAAAGAGAGCAGCUCACUAAGCAACGCGAAGGACAUUCCAUUUGAAGGCUGAACUUUCAAGUUAAGAAACAGUUAACUGAUGUGUGGUGUGUGACAAUAUAGUACAUCUGUUGGAUAUGCAAUGAAAGUCAAACUGAAAUCGCUCCAGGCUUCAACGAGCACACUCGGGGCAAACGAAUCAGAAAAAUAAGAGGAGGAAAGGCACUGAGAAGAGGGACCGUUAACGGUACUGCUGCUUGGCCCUGCCUCUCUCUUUUCCUUAACUUGUACUUUCUGCCAAGUAAGCCCUGCGACUGAUUUGCUAUGUUUAUACAGCUUUGAAUUGCCUAUGUUCGUUGUUCGCAAACAUAAAAAAAUAAUUAAAUUAGAGUUCGAUGAAAGAUUGAAGGAAAGCUGCCUGACAUCGCUGCCUUGCGUUCAUCCUCCCAGGACAGCGUCUUUUUUCUAGAACUUGAUAUUGAAGAGUGCAAGAACGACUGCGCCACUCAGCCACCUCCUCAAGGAGUAUGGGCUGAUUUCGGGCUUACUGUACUGGGACAGACUGGGAUAAUGUGGAAACUGUGCAACUGGAACAGGCUGCUUUUUUUGGUGGCGGCACUGGUACUUUGGGGUGUCCGCCCUGCAGAAGGCUGCCCGGACCUGGUCACUAGCCGCUGCAGUUGCACGGAUGAACGUUCUAAGGUCCACACAACGCCGACAGUGAGGAAGAAAGUGAUUUGCAGUGGGGAAGAGCUACUCGAGCCACCGCACCCAAGCCUGCUGCCCAACCGGACAGUGACCCUGAACUUGAGCAACAAUCGGAUCAGCGUGCUGAGGAACGGCUCCUUCCUGGGCCUGAGCGCUCUGGAGAAACUGGACCUCAAGAACAAUCUGAUCAGCACAAUCAGUCCUCAUGCCUUCCAGGGUCUGCUGGAACUCCGCAAGCUGGACCUUUCAAACAACAGAAUCGGCUGCCUCUCCUCUGAGAUGUUCCAUGGACUGCACAACCUCACCAAACUGAACUUGUCUGGAAAUAUCUUCUCCUCCCUGGAGCUGAGCCUCUUCCAGUCUCUCCCAUCACUCCGGCAGGUAGAUUUCAAGACAGAUUUCCUUGUGUGUGACUGUAACAUGCGUUGGGCACCAGCCUACUUCCACAAACCUUUCAUUCGUCUGUCCGAAGAUACAAUCUGCGCUUUUCCCAGCAGCCUAAAGGGUAAACCACUGAAGGGCCUGAAGGAGAGUCAGCUGACAUGUGACGGGCCAUUGGAACUUCACACCCUGGUUCUGCUUCCCUCACUCCGGCAGGUGGUGUUUCAGGGAGAUCGUUUGCCAUUCCAGUGUACAGCUGCUCUUUUGGACCAAAGCACGUCACUUCACUGGAGACACAAUGGCCAGGUGGUGACCUCUGACCUGGAACAAGGCAUAUCUCUAGAGGAGAGUGUGGUGCAUGACUGCACCCUGGUCACCAGUGAGUUGAUCUUGUCAAAUGUGCGAGUGGCAUCAAGUGGAGAGUGGGAGUGUCUUGUGGAGACGGCACGAGGGAACACCUCCCGCAAGGUAGACAUUGUGGUUCUGGAGUCCAGUGCAUCCUACUGCCCAGCAGAGAGAGUUGCAAACAAUCGAGGUGAUUUCAGAUGGCCUCGCACACUUGCUGGAAUUACCGCUUUCCAGCCCUGUCUGCAGUACCAUUUUGCAGUUGAAGGCAACAUUGAAAAGAGAGCUUUGCGUCGCUGUGACCGCUCAGGACACUGGGAAGAAGGCGACUACUCACAGUGCCAAUACGUAAAUGACAUCACACGAGUUCUCUACACCUUUGUCCUGAUGCAAGUCAAUGCUUCCAACGCUCUAACAAUAGCUCAUCAGCUGCGCACCUAUACCGUGGAGGCCUCUGCCUUCUCUGAUGCCAUGGAUGUCCUUUAUGUGGCACGGAUGAUGGAGAAGCUUCUGGUGCAUGCUGGACUGAUUCGGGAGCUGUCGGAAAUCAUUUUUGAAAUGGCCAGCAACAUGAUGCAAGUUGAUGAGCAGAUUCUGUGGCGAGCGCAAAAGGAGGAACAGGCUUGCAGCUCCAUCGUCCAGUCACUGGAAAAAAUCGCCAUGCUGAGUUUGAACUCCAAUUCCCAAGACCUGGCAAUGAGCUCAAGGAAUAUCGCCCUGGAUGCCUAUUUGAUCAAACCUGCUCGGUACACCGGCCUCAGCUGCACGGCCCUCCAGAGGCGAGAUGUUGGAGUGGGAGAGGGAACAGACACGGGCCACGACAUGCUGCUCCGCUUCCGCUGCACCACUGGAGUGCUCAACGCCACUCUGCACAGCUUUGCAGUUAAGAACACCAUUGGACUUGCGUCGGUCAGCCUACCCCUGACGUUGUUUCCUCCUGCUGCGCCCACGGACUGUAAACUCCAAUUUCUGGCGUUUCGCAAUGGUAAACUUUUCCCCAACACAAGCAACACCAGCAGAACAGUGGAGCAAGGAAAACGGCAUGUAGUCAACAGCCCAGUGGUCUACGUUGGACUUGAUGGUUGCUCAAGCUGGAACUUCUCAGACCCCAUCACCAUUUCCCUGCGCCAUUCAUUCCCCGGAUCUGACUCUGUGGCAGUCCACUGGAACUUUGACACGCAAGAUGGCCGCGGUGGAUGGAGUCAAGAUGGCUGUGAGCUGAUCGGCAGUGACCCCAACAUCUCUACCCUGAUAUGCUUCCACUUCAGCAACUAUGCGGUGUUGCAGGAGCUGCACAACAUUCAUCAUCCAUCCCUUGUGCCUGUGGAGGUUCUGCACCCUGUUAUUUACACCUGCACGGCCAUUCUGCUGCUCUGCUUAUUCACCGUCCUCAUCACACACAUCCUGCAUCACAGUUCAAUUGGGAUUUCACGGAAGAGUUGGCACACCCUCCUCAACCUCUGCUUCCGCAUUGCCAUGACAACAGCUGUGUUUGCAGGGGGGAUCACACUCACCAGUUACUCUUCCAUCUGCCAGGCGGUUGGCAUAGCACUGCACUACUCUACCCUGUCCACCUUGCUAUGGAUAAGUGUCAGUGCCCGUGUAAUCUACAAGGAUGCGGUCUGGCAGUCAGACCGACCACCAGAGGGUGAGCAGGUCAUUCCUACACAGCGACCAAUGCUCAGGUUUUAUCUCAUAGCAGACGGAGUCCCACUCAUCAUCUGUGGAAUCACAGCAGCUGUAAACAUUAACAACUAUGGAGACGCCAACCCAUACUGCUGGCUGGUGUGGCGACCAAGUUUGGGUGCCUUCUAUGUCCCAGCAGGCUCUGCAGUGUUGGUGAGCUGGAUUUACUUCUUAUGCACCAUUUUCUGUCUGAGAAGCCAUCAUCAGCCAAAAGGACCGACAACAAUUGCUACGUCAUCCUCUUUGUCCCCCUUGCCUGAGACUCAGCCGGCACUUAGCGGGAGUGCCAGUUUGCCCUCCACAGACUCAGUGGUUGGAAUGAUGCAUGGCGGGAUGACAAUUGAGGACCAGUAUUCAGUAAAAACAAGGUUGUUGGCACUGGUGAGCACUCACAUUCUCUUUGCUCUGCUCUGGACUUUCGCUGCUUUGUCUGUGCUGAGAGUUGGUGAUGGAGAUCUGCUCUUCAGUUGCCUCUAUGGAGUGACGGCAGUGACCCUCGGGAUUUUCUUGGUGGUUCACCACUGCAUACGAAGACUUGAUGUUCAAAUAGCCUGGCUGGCAUGCUGCCCAGCUUACAGACAGUCACUGCCGAUGCCGGCUUAUAUGCACCCUUGUGCUACAGGGGGUCCAGGCGACACCGAGAGAGAAUCUCAGAUUUUCAUUGGUUGCCUCCCACCUGAUGUUGCUGCCACAGCUUCUGUGAAAUCCUCAUCCUCUCCCAGUGGAAGCAGUAAUCUCUCCAACCCAGGGCCUUGCAAACUUACAAACCUUCUACAGGUGGCACAAGAAAAUGGCACCAAUACCAACAAUGUGGCCCAGAGUAUGUGCAGACUGACCUCUACGGCAUCAGCAGCAGGGACAAACAGCUGUGGUAGUGUGGGCUCUGGAUGCUGCAGUGCCACUGACAGUACCAAUAAACAUUUAAACAAUAACCUGCUGCAGCAGCAGUCCCUCAUGGCAGCAGCGGGCACUACAACAGCACCCCAGCCAAACAGGAGGGCAUACAAGGCUGGGAGCAGGACUAAGCAAAGCCAGUCUGCUCCUGGCCAGUAUCACCACAAAGCGCAACAUAGGCUAAAGACGUUAAGGAGCGCAGGGGGGAGCGCCAUGGCUUUGGGACCAGCGGGUUUAGAGCGCCUUACCCCACCACAAAAGAAAUCCAUUUCCAGCGAGAGUGCCAGCCUUCACAACAGCCAUUCAGAGAGCCAAGCUAGCCCACUUCCCAAUGGCAAAAGGAAAGGACUGAGUGAAACCACUGCAACCAGUCCCUCUGAAGGCAGCGAUGGGGGAAGCAGUGGCAGACGGAAGCCAUAUCCGUUGGUUCUGCUGCCUUCAGUGGCCACCAGGGCAGCAGCGCUAUGCCAGGUUGCCCAGAAGCGAAGUGCCAGUCGGGAUAAUAUUAAGCUGGCAACCGCUGCAGAGAGAGAAGCAAAAAGGAGCUCGUACCCUCUCAAUACUACUAUUGCUAUCAAUGUGCCCACUGGCGCCAGUCAGAAUGGAACACUGAAAGGGUCAGGGUAUGAAUUAGAUCUGAACGGCACAGACGGCCCUCCAGGCAUUGUGGAAACAGGUGUGAUGAAGGGAGGAGUAUGGAAGAGUGAGACAACAGUGUGAAAUGUGUGGGUAGUCAAAAGGCAGAAACGCAGACAGGCACAGGGGGGGAAAAGGAAAAAAAAAAAAAAAUGUUAAGGAGACGGGACCAAAAACAGCAAGGGAUGGACAAGCAAACCAUUAGCUGCUGACAGUCAUUUAGAGCGGUGACAAUCAAACUACAAAGCCGGAGGGUUGCAGACCCAAAGGUGCAAAAUGAAUAAACCGCACAUGCAUAAAGUACACACACACACAAACAAACACACAUGGAGGAUAACAUGAGGUAAAUGACAAUCAGGGCAUGCAAGGUCAGGAAAGACAAAGAGGGAGCAAAGUCAGAAUGCCAGACAAUCAGCCCGGAACAACAAUGAUGACCACAUUACAUUUGAUUAAAGACAUGAAACAGGCAAGCUAAAAACAUAAGAAUCAUAAGGACACAUUCAAAUCAGCAGAAACAAAGGAAAAAAUGGAAUCGCAGGAGACGGACAGAUCAGGAUCAGGCAUAGCCUCACAACAGGAGGAGGUUGACAAUCUGAAAGAGAAUCUGACAAAACUUGAAAGCCACAACAGGAACUAGACAAAAAGAUGAAAAACAUCACUCACCUAUGAAACUAAUGGGAACUAAAUGAAGACAAAGAGAAUCACUCAGUAGCACAUUAUAACAACUUUCAUUACUAGCCCUUUAUAGUGGAUGAAUAGUUAAAACUUUACAUUAGGUUACUGCAAAAAGACAUACAACUAACGAAUGAGUAAUUUGUAAAGACUCAAAAAAGCAUUGUAAGGAUAGGUGUUGAUGACUAAUUAAUGAAAGAUAUUAUAAAGUUAACAGAAAAUCUGAAGCCCACAGUAGGAAACAGAUGAAAGAAAGAAAAUCGAGUCAAGCAAGAUGAAGGCAGCUGGACAAUUUUACACCAGCAGGAAAAAAGCAAAAAGCACAACGAAGAUGCUGUGUUCAUGUGCUACAGGACAGAAGGGGCACUUCCACAUGAAGCCCCUAUCGAGAUGGGCGCUCCCAGUGGAACAAUUUAGCGAUAGCAGUGGUACCCAAAAUAGAGUUGUGAUGUGAUCACUCAUCUUCUCCAAUAAUCUGCUCUCCCCACACAAACAUACGUGUGUCUCAUACCGAGCAGAGGUUCCCCCUUAGAAUUCUGAUUAUGUUGACAUAAGAGAGUGCCAGGGGUCUGGACACUGCCAUGUACUUCUGGUGCCAAAAGUUAGCAGAAUAGUGGUAUGGUACGGUUUUAAAAAUUGUACUGUAUACUGCUCAACACCAGAAUGGCGAAAAGAAAUCUGGAAGUGAGGGAAAAAAUAAGACAAGCAAAAAAGAAAAUUUGAGUGAUAAGGGAAUGGACAGCAGCAGAGGCAUACACAAGUCAACCAGAGGGGAAAAAAAAAUAAAGGUGGAAAUGCAAA